UAAAAUCAACUUGUUCACGUUACAAAUAUUAAAGUCUGUUUAUAUUACGUAUCUAAGACCAAACCACAAAGCACAAUCCAUGCCUUGUAUCCAAGGUCUAUAUAUAGGCAAAUUUUAAGUGCAUGCGCUGUGGGAGAACAGGGGGGAAAUUAACACAGAGAAAAUAUUUUACAGAGUUCAAGGACAGAGCUUAAUUGGAAAGAAAAAUGGGUGAUGCUAAUGAAAUAGGCUCCAACCCUGUAACGCCAAAAGUGGCUUCUGCGGCAGCAACACCGCCGAUAUCAGCUCCUCCUUCGCAGUUUCACUCUCCCUCUCUUUCUCGAUCACCACUUCUUUCCUCAGUUGAUCAUAUACAACCAGCAAACAAAACCCCUAAAAAUUCAACUCCAAGGAUAAGAACUCCACGCUUUAUUACUCCUUUGGGAAGUCCAAUUAGAAGGGCUCUUCAGCUUACUAGGCUUGACCCUCAUGAUGCUUGGCUUCCAAUCACAGAGUCGAGAAAUGGAAACGCCUAUUACGCUGCGUUUCAUACUCUCUGUUCAGGAAUUGGUAUUCAAGCCCUUGUGCUCCCUGUUGCCUUCACAAUUCUUGGGUGGACUUGGGGAAUCAUAAACUUGACUAUAGCCUUCAUAUGGCAGCUUUACACCCUAUACUUACUCGUGCAGCUCCAUGAAUCUUCCGAAACUGGAAUGCGUUACAGCAGAUACAUGCAGCUUUGCAGUGUAACUUUUGGUGAGAAGUUAGCAAAAUGGCUGGCUCUUUUCCCCAUCAUGUACCUAUCAGGAGGAACAUGCGUGGCCUUGAUCAUCAUUGGGGGCUCAACUUGUAAGAUGUUCUUCGAUAUUGUAUGUGGUGGAACUUGCACCGCUGAGCCACCAACCACCGUGGAGUGGUACUUAAUAUUCACUUCUGCUGCCGUCCUCCUAUCUCAGCUUCCUAAUUUGAACUCAAUAGCCGGUGUCUCACUCAUUGGUGCCAUCACAGCUAUUGGAUACUGCACCCUUAUUUGGGUUGUUUCAGUUGUUGAAGGAAGAAUGCCAGGAGUAUCAUACGAUCCGGAAAAAGGAAGUGCUGACGUUACUAGGAUUUUUGAUGUUCUCAAUGCACUUGGGAUCAUUGCUUUUGCUUUCAGAGGCCACAAUCUCAUACUUGAGAUUCAGGCAACCAUGCCCUCCGAUGAGAAGCAUCCCUCGCGGUUGCCUAUGUGGAAGGGAGUCAAGGUUGCAUAUACACUAGUAGCAAUGUGCUUGUUCCCUCUUGCAAUUGGAGGCUAUUGGGCUUAUGGUCAAAUGAUUCCAAAAGAUGGGGGCAUGCUGACAGCCUUAUUCGCAUUCCAUGGCCAAGACACCCCACAAUUCAUCCUAGGAUUGACAAGUUUAUUCGUCAUAAUUAACGCAUUAAGCUCAUUCCAAAUCUAUGGCAUGCCAACGUUCGACGACAUGGAAUCCCUAUACGUUAGGAAGAAGAAGAAGCCAUUGCCAUGGUGGUUCAGAGCUAUUCUUCGGUCUAUGUUCGGCUAUGGAUGCUUCUUUGUGGCAGUGGCAAUCCCUUUCUUAGGAAGCUUGGCUGGUCUAGUUGGAGGGAUAGCAUUGCCCGUCACCUUAUCUUAUCCAUGCUUCAUGUGGCUUAAGAUUAAAAAACCCAAAAUUUUUAGCCCAACAUGGUGGCUGAAUUGGGUGUUAGGUGUCUUUGGGAUGGCUCUAAGUGGGGUUUUGACAGCGGCUGGACUAUAUGUUAUUAUUGAUACCGGGAUUGAUUUUAGCUUCUUCAAUCCUCAGUAAUUAAUUCAGUAAUUAGUAUGAAGGUGUGAUUACUAUUAUAUAUUCGUUUUGUUGUAAUGGUGAAAUUGGUUUUCCACAAAAAUUCCAGGAAGUGCAUUUGGCAUCAAUUUAUUCUCUAGAU